AGUAUGAGAAAGGAAACGAACCCUAGCCAACAUUUCAGAGUCGAGACUCGAUCCCAUCAGGAGGCGCCAUGAAAAGUCGAUCUCUGAAGCUGAGAGAAGCCCACAAGAGCAGUGGAGCGGCGUCAUUUUGCUCCAUUCUCUGGGACCUCCGCGCGCAACACCUCCUCACUUCCUCUUCUAAUGACCUCUCAAUUUGUAUUCACGAUCCGCUUCUUCCUUCCAAUUCGCCCCAGAUUCUUCGCCAUCACAGAGAUGGUGUUACUGCCUUGGCUCUCAGCCCCAAUUCGACUUGCCUCGCUUCUGGCUCCAUUGAUCACUCCGUCAAGCUCUACAAAUUUCCGGGGGGAGAAUUUCAGACCAAUGUUACCAGAUUCACAUUGCCAAUUCGUGUCAUUUCUUUCAAUAGAUCAGGUAGCAUAUUGGCUGCUGCUGGUGAUGAUGAGGGCAUUAAACUUAUCAAUACAAUUGAUGGUUCAAUUGCUAGGGUUCUCAAAGGGCAUAAAGGAUCUGUCACGGGCUUAGCUUUUGAUCCCAAUGGUGAAUACUUAGCAUCUGUUGAUUCAAUUGGGACUGUUAUACAAUGGGAACUCCAUUCUGGAACUGCCUUACAUAUCCUUAAAGGCAUAGCUCCUGACACUGGUUCUGACCUUUCCGUUCUGAAUGUACUUAGCUGGAGUCCUGAUGGGGAGACCUUAGCAGUUCCUGGUUUGAGAAAUGAUGUAGUGAUGUAUGAUAGAGACACAGCUGAGAAGCUAUUUUCACUGAGAGGUGACCAUGUGCAGCCUAUUUGCUUCUUAUCGUGGUCACCUAAUGGGAAAUAUAUGGCCACUGCUGGUUUGGAUAGGCAGAUUCUGAUCUGGGAUGUUGAUCAAAGGCAGGAUAUUGACAGGCAGAAAUUUGACGAUAGAAUAUGCUGUAUGGCAUGGAAGCCAAAUGGAAAUGCUUUAGCUGUUAUUGAUGUUAUGGGAAAGUAUGGUGUGUGGGAAUCAGCUGUUCCUUCAUCAAUGAAAUCUCCAACAGAAGAUGUUCCUAGUUUGCAGUCAAAGAAUAGUAAUGGGCUCCUCUUGUUUGAUGAGGAUGAACAGGAGCCAAGUGCAUCUGGCAGUUUGAGCGAUCUUGGCGAAGAUAGCCAUGGAGAAUCAGAACCGCCUAGCCGGAAAAGAUUAAGAAAACAGUCUACAUAUGAUGAAGAUAUUAAUGAUGAUUUGCUGAGCUCACUUCCAAAGGUUGAGUCCCGUAAAAAGGCUUCUCAUAGUCACAAGGAAAGCUUGAAUAAUGGGAAUGAAGGGCUAAAAAGUACAUCUGCAAGGCUGAAAAUGCAGGAGGCUUUUCAGCCAGGAGCUACUCCUGUGCAACCUGGAAAAAGGCGCUUUCUUUGCUACAAUAUGCUUGGAAGUAUAACCACAAUUGAGCAUGAUGGCUACUCCCAUAUAGAGAUAGACUUUCAUGACACUGGCAGUGGUCCACGAGUUCCAGCAAUGACUGAUUAUUUUGGUUUCACAAUGGCUUCAUUGAAUGAGCAUGGAAGUGUUUUUGCAAAUCCAUGCAAGGGUGAGAAGAACAUGAGUACUCUUAUGUAUCGUCCAUUCAGUACCUGGGCAAAUAACAGUGAGUGGUCUAUGCGGUUUGAGCAAGAAGAAGUGAAGGUUGUGGCACUUGGCUCUGCAUGGGUGGCUGCCAUGACUAGUCUUAAUUUCCUUCGCAUCUUCACUGAUGGUGGCUUGCAGAGAUAUGUCAUCUCCCUUGAUGGGCCAGUGGUGACUGCAUCAGGCUUUAAGGAUGAACUUGCAGUUGUCACUCAUGCCUCUCACUGUCUUCCAUCAAAUGACCAGAUGCUAGAGUUCAGAGUGUUCAACAUUUCUAAUGGGACACAGCCCCUCAAAGGGCAUCUGCCAUUAACUCCUGGUUCAUGUUUGACAUGGUUUGGGUUCAGUGAAGAGGGCCAACUAAGUUCUUAUGAUUCUAAGGGAGUGCUGAGAGUGUUCACAAACCAAUUUGGUGGCAGUUGGCUCCCACUCUUCAGUGCUAGUAAAGAGAAGGCAGAGGAGAACUACUGGGUGGCUGGAUUGAACAUGAACAAGUUGUUUUGUAUUGUUUGCAAAUCUCCUGAUUUGUUCCCACCAGUGAUGCCCAAGCCAGUUCUCACUCUUCUGGAUCUUUCAUUUCCUCUUGCAACCUCUGAUCUGGGAGCAGAAACCCUUGAAAAUGAGUUUAUUUUGAAAAACAUGCAUCUAUUGCAGAUUCAACAAAGAAUUGAAGAAAUGGCUGCUGCAGGCCUGGACACUACUUCACUUGAUGAUGAGGCUUUCAAUGUAGAAACUGCUCUUGACAGAUGCAUCUUGAGGCUGAUUGCAUCCUGCUGCAAUGGAGAUAAGAUUGUGAGGGCCACUGAACUUGUAAAACUUCUAUCACUGGAAAAAUCAGUUAAGGGUGCGAUAAAGCUUGUUACAGCCCUAAAACUACCAAAUUUGGCAGAGCGGUUUAAUAGUAUAUUGGAGGAAAGGCUACUCAAUGAGACCUCCAGGCCUGCAACCCUCCCACUCACAAGCUCAAACCAUGAUGCAUGCACCACACCUGAUGUUGUAACGAGCAAGUUCUUAACUUCUAUCCAAAGCAGUAAACCAUCCCAACCUGUAAUUCCCUUACCCUCACCUCAACUGUCCUCUCCUCUCUUUGCAAAGAAAGGGAAACUACAAGAGGGAGCUAAAGUUGGAAAUGAGAAAGUGGAACAACGCCGAACUGCAAUUGUGGAGAAUAUAGGGAAGGUAAAGAGUUUAGCCGAGGUCAAGAGUAUCGAAGAUGUGAUGAAUCAAGGAGAGGCUAGUAUAGGUGAGAUAAAAAAUGGUGCAGUAAAUCAGCGCCCCUCUAAUCCAUUUGCAAAGUCAUCAAGUAAUCAGGAGAAAUCCUCAUUAUUUGAUGCUAUCAAGAAGAUGAAGAAGGUUGAUGAGACGGGUAAAAGAUAGGAAGGAACAAUGCUAUACCAUCUGGCCCAAACACACAAUCAAGCAUCUCUCUCGUCCAGAUUUUGCUUGCAAAGAAGAAAGCAGCUGUUGCAGUAUGGUAAAGGGGAAUGGGCUUGACCACUGUAAUUAUAUGUUAGCCAAAUUCUUUAAGCACUUGCUGAAGUUGUGGUGAGAUAUUCUCUCUAAGGGUUGUCAUCCAAAUCCAAUUCAGUCUGUUGUAUGAAAAGCAGGAAGUAGAUUUAGUGGUAACUAGUGAGGUAUUCCUUGGAAUCAGAACCAAGGAGAAACCCUCAAGCCGUAAUCAUCUUAUGUCAAACAACAUUUUUAGUGGUAACCGAUUCGAAGUAUUUGUAAUGCGGGCCAACAAAUUUGAGUUCCAUUCGACAGAAGAAGGUUCUAUAUGCUGA